ACGUACAAACCUAAAGGGAUUUUGUUUUCAGGCUCACAGAUAAUUGUUGGGAUAAUUAGCCUGCAACACUAAGUAGUCUUUGUUAUCACUGCCAAGGAGGUUAUGUUUUCAUUACUGCUUGUUGGUUUGUUUGUCUUAGAGCUUGUGUUUGUCUCAAGCUUAUGCAAAAAAACACUACGAGGUCAGAUUUUAUGAAGCUUGGUGGAGAGCUGGAGCGCUGCCAAAGGAAGAACCCACGAAGUUUGGGUGUGGAUCCGGUUUGGGUUGUGAGUUUGCAUGCCAUCGAAGAAGAAGAGUGGACUACUGGCCUCGGUGGAGGUCUCUGCUCUCCAAGUUGCCAUUGGAGUUGUAAAUGGAUCCAGCAGUUUGCACGGAGUUUUAAAAUUCCGAGUCUAAAUUGCUUAUGCUCAACAAAAGGACAGGUUUUUGGAUUAGAAAAUGAAUUUCCUGCCUGUUAGAGACAGUUUGUGAAAUCAGUGUUACUUCUAAUUUAUUUCCUAAGCUAAGACGAGAUAGUAAACAGAAUUAAAUUCUGCACAUUUUCUAUUAAAAUUGUCCACAGGCUGUCACUGGCUGGAGGCUUGCCUGUAGCCACACUUGUAUUCCUGUUUCCAUGAAACGUGUCUUGCAGCUAGCUGGUGUGGACAUACUAGUCGACGGCACAGUGGGUACAGUGACACACUUGGCUCUAAUCAGGCUGAGACAAAUCUGUAGCAGAGGACCAGCAGCAGCAGCAGCAGUGUUGGUGCGACCAUGAGGUCAGAGGCCUUGUUACUCUACUUCACGCUACUGCAAAUAGCCGGGGCGGGCUUCCCCGAAGACAGCGAGCCUAUUAGCAUCUCACACGGCAACUACACAAAGCAGUAUCCGGCGUUUGUAGGCCACAAACCUGGAAGGAACAACACGCAGCGGCACAAACUGGACAUCCAGCUCAUCAUGAUCAUGAACAGGACGUUAUACAUCGCUGCCAGGGAUCACAUAUACACGGUGGACACAGACACUGCCAACAGUGACGAGAUCUUUUUCAGUAAGAAAAUGACAUGGAAGUCCAGACAGGCAGAUGUGGACACCUGCAGAAUGAAAGGGAAGCAUAAGGAUGAGUGUCACAAUUUCAUCAAAGUCCUCCUGCAGCAAAACGACGACACCUUGUUUGUUUGCGGAACAAAUGCUUUCAACCCCUCCUGUCGAACCUACAAGAUGGACACCCUGGAGGCUCUGGGAGAGGAGAUCAGCGGGAUGGCACGCUGUCCGUACGACGCCAAGCACGCCAACGUCGCCCUCUUCGCUGAUGGCAAGCUGUACUCGGCCACCGUAACAGACUUUCUAGCGAUCGAUGCGGUCAUCUAUCGUAGCCUUGGAGACAGCCCGACUCUGCGCACUGUCAAACACGACUCCAAAUGGCUGAAAGAGCCCUAUUUCGUCCAGGCUGUCGAUUAUGGGGACUUCAUCUACUUCUUCUUUCGGGAAAUUGCCAUGGAGUACAACACAAUGGGAAAGGUGGUGUUUCCUCGGGUGGCGAGGGUCUGCAAGAACGACCGAGGAGGCUCGCCCCGUGUCCUGGAAAAGCAGUGGACCUCGUUCCUCAAGUCUCGGCUGAACUGCUCCAUCCCCGGCGACUCCCACUUCUACUUCAACAUCCUGCAGGCAGUGACGGACGUCAUUCACAUCAAUGGGAGGGAUGUCGUCAUGGCGACUUUCUCCACUCCGUACAACAGUAUUCCAGGUUCGGCGGUGUGUGCCUAUGACAUGGCGGAGGUGGCCAACACGUUCACGGGGCGUUUCAAAGAGCAGAAAUCCCCAGACUCCACCUGGACGCCUUUUCCCGAAGAGAAGGUUCCGAAGCCGAGGCCUGGGAACUGUGCCGGCACUCCAUCCAUGGAGAGGUACAAGGUAUCCAAUGAGUUCCCCGACGACACACUCAACUUCAUCAAGAUGCAUCCUCUGAUGGAUGAGGCCGUGCCCUCCAUCGCUAACAGGCCCUGGUUUCUCAAGACCAUGGUUCGAUACCGUCUGACGCGCAUCGUGGUGGACAGCGAGGCGGGUCCCAACAAGAACCACACGGUGGUGUUCCUGGGCUCUGAGAAAGGCAUCAUCCUCAAGUUCUUGGCCAAGAUGAACAACGGUUUCCUCAACGACAGCCUGUUUCUGGAGGAGCUCAACGUCUACAACCCCGACAAGUGCAGCAUAGAUGGCGUGGAGGACAAACGCAUCAUCGGUAUGCAGAUAGACAGCAAGAGUCACGCUCUGUGGGUCGCCUUCACUUCCUGUGUGGUCAAAGUGCCGCUGUCGCGCUGCGAAAGGCACGGACGAUGCAAGAAAUCCUGUAUAGCCUCCAGAGACCCGUACUGUGGUUGGGUAUCAGAGGGGGCCUGCAGACAGGUGGUCGGCAACACCAAAUCAGCCUUUGAGCAGGACGUGGAGCAUGGUAACACAGAUGGCCUGGGAGACUGCCAAAAUACCUUUGUGGCACUGAACGGCCACCAUCACCACCACCAUCACCACACCCUCUCACUUCCCACCUCGGCCCUCCCCGAGGCCGCGGAGGGGCCCCUUGGGCGGGGCCGCAUGGUGGAGCGGAAGGACCCCCCCAUGAGUUCUGACAAAGGGGAGGACCCCUACGUGGCGGUGCCCUCUCAGACUCAGCCCGAAGCCAAUGGUAAGCCUUGGAACGCAACAGCGAGCAGUCAAUUUGGUCCAUUGUCACCUGUGGCAAGGGAGGGUGAGGCGGGGAGGGGAGGGAUGA